CUUCUCUUCUCUUCUCUUCUCUUCUCUUCUCUUCUCUUCUCUUCUCUUCUCUUCUCUUCUCAUCUCUUCUCUUCUCUUCUCUUCUCUUCUCUUCUCGACUAGCCAGGCUCGCCUGGUGCAUCGGUUCGGAUCGCUCAUCGCACACUCUUUCCCCUUCUCAUCGUCCCGUCUCUCCUACCGACCCCGAUCCUUCUCAGAACGCGCGCAGGAGACUACAUCGGGUUUUUAGCGCGAUCUUGAAAACGGAAAAUGUCUCUUUUUUCGCCGUGCACGACGCGACGCGAGGCUCACGGCUCCGGUAGAUCUUCAGGCGUUUCAUCCUCGAAGUCGUGCUUGACGUUAGCAUUUGCUUUUCUCAAGAGCAAACUUCGAUGGUGCCUCGAAAGUAAAAAAAAAAAAAAAAAAAAAGAGAGAGAGAGAGAGGAAAAAAAAGAAAGGAAAGGAAAGGAAAGAAGACAGAAAAAAAGCCGUAUCUUCUCCCCAUCGACCUAUACAAAGGUUAAGAACGGCGAACUUGACUUGUUAUGGAGAAUAUAUAUAUAUAUAUAUAUAUAUAUAUAUGUGUAGAUGGGAAAAAGAAAAAGAAGAAAAAAAAGAAAGAGAGAGAGGGAGAGAGAAAUAUUUUCACAAAUUGAAACAAUUUGUUCCGAAGAUAUAAUCAGAGAUUAUCCGAAGAUAUUUGUCCUGUCAAGUAAGCGAUGUGAGUAUUAUAUUCCAUUCGGGGAUGUAUACGACAUGGAAACAGAAAAGCUGAUUGGGAAAAAAGUGUAGUCAUGUGGAUAAAGAAAGGACGUGGGGGGAAAGAAGGGAAGAAGAAGAAGAAGAAGAAGAAGAAGAAGGAGAAAAAUAAGAAUAAGAAUAAGAAGAAGAAGAAGAGCGAAGGUGAAGGUGGAGAUGGAGGUGGAGGUGGAGAAUGAAAUGGUGCGAUAGCGGUAGAGACAAGAAGAGAAAAGGAGAGAGGGAUCAAGAAAGAAAGAACGAGAGAGAAAGAGAAAGACAGAGAGAGAGAGAGAGAAAGAAAGAAGUAAGUAUAGUAGAAGGGAGGGAGGUGGAAAAUGCGCCCGGCUACGAAAGAGGGCCUGACAGGGGCCAACGAUCGAGAAUGACCAACCAACGGCGAUGUUCUCGAUGAUGAUCCUGAUAUACUAAUUUUUUGAAUGUCCUUCUUAUAGGGAGAGAGACAAGAUCGAACGUUCGCCGGCAGGACAAAGUUUUUCAUACUGUGGUGGGAGAAAACGAGCAAACCACAGAGUCGUCUCGAUCCUUACGUACCAUUCAGAAAAGAAGAAGCAUCGUAGAUCCUUCGAGAGAUAUUCGUCUCGUUUGAAACUUCCAAGACCGGCAAAAGGGAGAAGAAGUAGUGGGAAAGGAAGCGAAAGGCUUUGAAAAAGCGAAAAACAAAAAAGUAAAAGGAAAAAGAAAAAUAAUGGAAAGAAAACGAAAAGAGAGAGAGAGAGAGAGAGAGAGAGAGAGAGAGAGAGAGAGGGAGAGGGAGGAAAAAGAGGAAAACUUAUGUACGGAUAUAAAGAUAAUUAAUUUUUAUUAAGACGCAUCAUUCCAAUUAAAAAAGAAAUUCGUAUUUAUAUAUCCAACGUAUCGUUUUAGAACAAAUUUUGUCCGAGAAACGGUACGAGUAUUCUUACGAAAGAAAGAAAGAAAGAAAGAAAGAAAUUUAGAACGAACGAAGUAAUAGGAAGAGGAAUAAGAGGACAAAAAGAAAAAAGAGAAAGAAAGGGAAAGAAGGAGAAAAAAAAAAAGAAAAGAAAGAAAAAGGGUACUGAUGAUCGAAAGAAGGAAAAAGGUAAAGAGGAAAGAAAGAGAGAGGAAGAGAGAGAGAGAGAGAGAGAGAGAGAGAGAAAAAAAAGUUAUGAAAAAUGAGUCAAAGUCGGUGGCGUAGAGUCCUUUCGGUCAAAGCAGCGAAAAAGCUUAAUUAAAGGGCCAGGACAUUGGUAGGAGACGACGGCGAAUUGCAACGGGACGUCCGGCACGAUGCAAUGGGACGAUGCGUAUACGCUGACGCCACUGGUUGCCGCCACCGCCAGCCGUACAGGCGGCCGCCACUGGCUGCCUCUACGGCACAGAGAAUCCGAGGCUGCCAAGGCAUAUCCCUGUCCCCUCCUGCCCAGAGAAGCCAUCCUCUUAUUCCCACUCCUCCUACGGAGCACCUGUCGUGCCAGGGAGUUCUGCGCGUUAGGGGCGCUCGCCGGAGAGAUCGGUUUGAAUCGUCCGCGUUUAAGAACGCAUGCGCAAGGGAGACGCGAACUCUAUAGUAAUCUCUCUGUGAGUUUGCGCGAUGCUCGCGACCGCGCCAAGGUAAACGCCGACAAGGAGGUCACGGCACCGGUGAAUUGUGUUAAGUGACGGAAAUCUCGUCAAGAAGAGACUCGUUCUCGAAGAGUACGACGACGACGACGACAACGAUCACGAGGACAACUGUUACGAGAAACUUUGUCUGGUUUUGAGUCUGGACGAGUGUCGAUGCAGUGUUAGAUCAAACUGA